GCUUCGAGAGUUGGGUGAUAAAUAUGGUUCGACUAAUAUUUUUUUUAUCCAUAGGCAUUUUGGCAAACGCGUAUGAUAAAUGCAAAGUCACCGAGGAGUCUUGCAUGGUCAAAUUAGCGAAUGACGUCUUCACUGAGAUCCUAUCUGGGAAUGACGAACUCGACCCUAUGAGACAUGAAAUCAUUGAAGGGAAUCUAUCAGGUCUGAAGUACAGCUUGACUGACACUUCUGUGACAGGAUUCAAGAACUGCAGAGUAGACGUUGCUAAAGGCGAUUUUGUAAAACUCAGUUUUGAUGUGACGCUGUUAUGUCCUGCAUUCCUAAUGAGAGGCAACUACAGUGCAAACGGACAAAUAAUAACUCUACCUGUCGAAGGGAGCGGGAAUUAUACAAUUCAAACCAAAAAGUAUCGCUUAGGAAUUAAAAUGGACGUAGAAAUGCAGCCGAAAGAUGGAAAAAGUUACUUACAUGUGAAGAGUUUCAGCGUGGAUCCGGAGCCGCUUGAACAAGUUGUGUUCAAAUUUGACAACUUGUUCAAUGGCAAUAAAGAAUUAGCCGAACCCGUUCUCAAAUUCGCAAAUGAAAACUGGAUGCAAGUCACCUCAGCAUUACAAAGUCCUGUGUUUCAAGCUGAUUUAAACAAAAUUAUAAAAGAAGCUAACAAACAUUUAAAGAAAGGUGCUUUAGAAGAGUACUUCAUACUUGAAUAAUAGGCAUAGCAAUGCCCAGAAUGUAUUAAUUUUAUUUAUUUAGCAUGAGACAUGGUAUUCUCUUUCUUAUUCUACAGCAGAGUUAAGGAAAAAACGAAAAGAAGGAGAAUACGUGGGAUUCAUAGGCUAAAAAUAU